UUCUGGGUUUUCCUCGGUGGACGCCAUUUACCCCUGCGGUUAGGUCUCGGGUGUCCCUGACUGGCAGACGCCAGUGGCUCCUGUCUUUGCGCCUUUCGUCUGCUCCCCUUGCCGAGCAGGGGAGGCGGGUCGACCUCAUCUCCGAGCGUGUGUCCCGACCGUGACUCCGCUGGCCGCCCUUCGGGCCGCGGCCUCCCCAGGGCCUGUGCGCUCGUCCUUCAUCCCCGCCGUCGCCGAGGGCCGCGCCCUGUCCACAGAGGACACUGUGGUCCGGAGUGCAACGGUCAGCCGAGGUCGCCUGUGCUCGCCUCCCCAGGGUCUCACGAUGGCGGCGUCGCCGACCCGCCAGGUGCAGGUGUCUGUGACUUUCAGUGAUGUGGCCGUGACCUUCACCCAGGAGGAGUGGGGGCAGCUGGACCCAGCCCAGAGGACUCUAUACCAGGAGGUGAUGCUGGAGACCUGCAGGCUCCUAGUGUCUCUGGGGUGUCCUGUUCCCAGUCCUGAGCUGGUCAACCAGUUGAAGCAUGGGCAGGAGCUGUGGAUGGUGAAGAAGGACCUCUCCCAGAGCACCUGUCCAGGUGACAAAAUAAAACUCAGGACCACAGAACCUACCACCUGUGAGCCUACCCCACCUGAGAGAUUCUCACUCCAGGAACAACUAACACAAAAAGUUGCAGGGGACUCCCAAGUGGACCAGACCAAUGAUCGGGAUGGACCAUCAGAAGUAUCUAUGCAGGAAGGAUACUUGAGAGCAGGGAUAGACCCCCCGAGGGAGAAGGUCCCAGGGAGCCUUGAACAUGGAGGCCUAGGGUCAGUUAGCAGUGUGCAUUCAGGGAGUGUGCAGGAGCCAGUUCCUUCGGGAGGUGCUCUCCUUGACCAUGACUCACAUGAAUUUGAUAAACAUCCCAUGGUUCAGGAAGAAGAAAAUACCUUUAAAUGUAAUGAAUGUGGGAAAGUGUUUAACAAGAAACAUCUUCUUGCUGGACAUGAAAAGAUUCACUCUGGAGUGAAGCCCUAUGAAUGCACAGAGUGUGGGAAAACAUUUAUUAAGAGCACGCACCUCCUUCAGCACCACAUGAUCCACACAGGGGAGAGGCCCUAUGAGUGCCUGGAGUGUGGGAAGGCCUUCAACCGGAAGUCGUACCUUACCCAACACCAGCGGAUUCACAGUGGAGAGAAGCCCUAUAAGUGCACUGAAUGUGGAAAGGCCUUCACCCAUCGCUCCAAUUUUGUCUUACAUAAGAGAAGACACACUGGAGAAAAAUCCUUUGUCUGCAAAGAAUGUGGUCAAGUAUUUCGACACAGGCCAGGAUUUCUUCGGCAUCACAUCAUCCACAGUGGUGAGAAUCCCUAUGAGUGCUUCGAGUGUGGCAAGGUCUUCAAACACAGGUCAUACCUCAUGUGGCACCAGCAGACUCACACAGGGGAGAAGCCCUAUGAGUGCAGUGAGUGUGGGAAGGCCUUCUGUGAGAGUGCAGCCCUCAUUCACCACUAUGUCAUCCAUACUGGGGAGAAGCCCUUUGAGUGCCUGGAGUGUGGAAAGGCCUUCAACCACAGGUCAUACCUCAAGAGGCACCAGCGCAUCCACACUGGAGAGAAGCCCUUUGUGUGCAUGGAAUGUGGUAGGGCCUUCACCCACUGCUCCACUUUUAUCUUGCAUAAGAGGGCCCACUCUGGAGAGAAACCUUUUGAGUGUAAAGAAUGUGGGAAAGCCUUCAGCACUAGGAAAGACCUUAUACGACACUUCAGCAUCCACACUGGAGAGAAGCCCUAUGAGUGCAGUGAGUGUGGGAAAGCCUUUAACCGCAGGUCAGGCCUCACACGGCACCAGCGGAUUCACAGUGGAGAGAAGCCCUAUGAGUGCAUGGAGUGCGGGAAAUCCUUCUGCUGGAGCACUAACCUCAUUCGACAUGCCAUCAUCCACACUGGAGAGAAGCCCUACAAGUGCAGUGAAUGUGGAAAGGCCUUCAGUCGUAGCUCAUCCCUCAGUCAGCAUCAAAGGAUGCAUUCUGGCAGAAACCCUGUCAAUGUAACAGAAGUGGGAAGACCCUUCACAAGUGGGCAGACUGCACUCACUCUCCGAGAACUCCUGUUAGGGAAAGACUUUUUGAAUGUAAACACUGAGAGAAAUCUUUUGCCGGAGAAAACAUCUACCACGGCAUCUGAUAGUACAUACCAAAGAGAAACCCCACAAGAAACUUUGCUGUGAGAAAACCUUAUGUUCAUCAUCACUUGUCACAGGAAGACACAUUUUAGAAACUGACACAGCCUAGAGCCUUAUUCUGCAUCUGAGAAUUCACCUAUAAGGGAGUGAUCAGCCUUACUGUGCACCAAGGAGAACCUUCCCCUCCAGUUUUUUACUUAGUUUGCAGAGCCGUGUAUCUCAGGAACUUUUUUUUUUUUUAAAGAACUAGGAGACUUAGAAACGAAAUGCAAUGAGACUUCUCUGUUAAGCCUGUGGCACUUUGUCAUGGAUUACCUAGUUUACUUGGGGCAAGAAUAAUUUUGUUUUAGGGGCAGAGGGCCUUGAUCCUUUAUGUAUUUUGUACACGUUCAUGGCUAUCCAAUGUUAAGAGAGACAGUUGAGGGUGGGUAUUUAAGAUAAUAAGGAUACAUGUAUAAAUGGGCAUAUUUUAUUGUACCAGUUAAGAUUAUUAAGGCUUUGACUUUUAAAACACUAUUCUCUUUGUAGGUUUUAAAACCUAAAACUUUCUUAAUCCCAAUUUCUUUUAUUUCUGUAGCUAGACUGGAAAUCUUAAAAUUGAGUAAAGUAAUUCCUCUCUAUGUUAUUUAAAAUUGACUUAGCUUUCCUAAUUCCUUUAACUUUUCAUAUAAAUCUUAAGAUCGUCUAUUCUUACCAAAAACAUCUUAAUCUCAUUUUAUAGAAAUUUAUUUCACACUGUAGGUCAGUUUGAGAAUUGGCAUCAUGAACAAGUACAUGAUAUGACUACAUUUAUUUAAGUCAUCCUCGAUUUAUUUUGUUAGCAUUUUAUAAUCUUCAAUAUCCAAGUUCUGAAAAUUUCUGUUAGGAUAUCUGGGCUUUUGUUUUUGAGUGAUAGUAAGUGUCAUUGAUUUUCAAUUUUUAUUGUCCACAUGCUCUUUGGCAGUACACAGAAGUGUAAUUGUUUUUGGGGUGUUUUGGUAUCCUGCAACCUUGCUGAACUCACUUAUUAUUAGCCAUUUCUUUGGAUAGAACCUUUGGGAUUUUCUGCCUAGAAAUGUCAGCUGCAAAUACAGUUUUAUUUCUUCCUUUCCAAUUUAUAUACCUGUUGUUUCCUUUUCUUGUCUUAUUGCACUAGCUAGGCCUUCCAGUGUGAAGUUGAAUAGUAAUAUAGUAAGAAGGGACAUUCUUGACUGGUUCCUGAUACUAGGAGGGAAUGUUCAGUUUUUCAUCAUUAAGUAAGAUAAUAGUUGUAAGUCAUUUUCAUAGUUUUCUUACCAAGUUUAGAAAGUUCCUCUCUAUUCUUAAUUUGCUGAAAUUUUUUUUGUUAUUAUGAAUAAGUAUUGGAUUCUGACAAAUGGUUUAUUUUCAUCAAUGGUUGAUGAUCUGAUUUUUUUCUUUAGCCUAUUGAUAUUAUAGUAUUGCAGUGAGUUUUGAAUAUUGAACCAGCCUUGCAUUCUUGCAAUAAACCUCACUUGGUUGUGGAGUAUAAUUCUUUUUAUAUAGCACAUUAAUAUACCAUAUUAAAGCAUUCCAUUUUAUUAUA